CCCUACAAAAAAAUGGCAGUGGGCCAAGGCACCAAAGUUAGGAGCCGUCAUUCUCCCCGUGUUGUUGAGAUGAAGGCCUGUGAAGGCAACCGAAUGGGAAGUAACUUAUAUUAUCCUGUUGAUAAUACAGGAUAUCUGUACAGGGUAAAAAGGAAAAGAGGCAGCACUCUGUAUUUCUCGUGUGCCAGGAAUGGCUGUAAGGCAACUGCUAACUUCAAGAGAAAGAAACAGCCCAACAUGAAGAAAGGAGUCAUGAAGGGCUUGUUUGAAAUUACUUCAAAUCAUUCCCAUGCUGAAGACCCUUCUGUUCUUGUGAAGCUCAAGUUUGAAUCUGCUUGCAAGAAGCGCAGCAUGAACGAAGAAACCCCUUACAGCGUGAUCAUUAAAGAAGAGAAACAAAAGUGGCAAAUAGACAAUGUAAAGGAAGCAGGGCUGAUCUCCACUUUGUAUCAAGCACGCAAACGCUCCACGCUUGAUGGCCCGCCACUAAGUGAUGCCAGUGAAGAUGAUCAGGACUCAGUUUCAGAAGAUGAUAAUGUGCAGCUUAAUGCUGAUCUUUGUUACACUCGCUAUGGCUACAGAAUGGAACGUUGGAAGUGGGCUCUCACUCACGAUUUUCCUAAACCUGGAACGCGUGAUGCUGAAUCACCACAACAUUGCAGUCAAGUUCCUCCUCACAAUGAUAUUGUUACUGCCAAUAAAGAGUGUAUGAAGCCACAAGAGAGUACAAUUGCAAGCAAGUUCUCUAAUGAAAUGGAUGUUGACACAAUUAAAGAUACGAAUUUACCUACUAAUACAAUAUUGAAGCCCAAUCAGCACUGGUUGUUCGACCAAGUCUUCUCUCCUGGAAAUAUCAGUAAAACUCAUCUAUUGCGAGCCUAUGGACUUCACAGGCUGCCACUCUUCCUACCUUGUGUGAAAAAGUGUCCUCUGAACCCCUUCUGCUUGACUGGCUACAAGAUAGGCUCGACCAUCAAGGAGGGCUUAGAUGCCCACUUGCCUCUGACGCAGCAGCCGCGCGUCGCCCCAGACUACCCAGUCGGGCUGGAGGCGCAUUUGCCUCAAGCUGUUGUGGUCAACCCUGCUCUGCAGUUGCUCUUCCAUCAUCGUAAAUUUAGGAAUGCUAUAAAUUCUCUGGAGGACUUCAGCUUUGACACUUCACUGACGUCUCUGUCUCAUCUGCUGCAAGUUCUGUUUGCAGAAAUGGAGACCCACGCCUUCAAGAGUAUAGCAUGCGAGGGUGGGAGCGCGUUGGAGCGAAUUGUUGCCACGGCCUCAAGAGAGAACUGCGUCUCUUCAGCUGACUUCCUCGAGGCCACCAUUGAUUGGCUGAUAGCUGAGACUAGCCUUGCUCCUGCCAUCGCUCCGCUAUUCGCCAUCACCACAACCAAAAUAAUCAAAUGGCAGUGCAGCAAGUGUGCCGUAGUUCACCAGCAACAGGGGCCGUCAUCUUCCUGUUACCGCCUCAGAGCUUCUGUUCAGCAGGAUCAAGACCUUCUGGCCAAUUCUUUGAUCGAUUUAUGGAUGGUCAAAGAGGCUGGCGUCCCAAUGGUAUGCGGCGGACAAGCAUGGAGCGGAAAUGGCCAAGAGGGUGGAUGUGGUCACGUGGUCAGAGUGGAUAGAGAAGUGUCCACAAAGCUAGCCGAUCUGCCGUACUAUCUUCUCAUCGAGAACUCGUCCUCUGCCCACAGCGGUGAGAAGAAGCCCCACGCAGUGUUCCCUGAUCACCUCAACCUCAGCGCCCACACCGCAGACGGCCGAGCUGCGCACUACGUCCUCUCGGGAGUCGUGUACCAGGAUAGCAACUCUUGUCAGCUGAAGACAGCGCGUGGUCGCUGGUUUGCGUUCCACGGAGAACAGGUCUUGCAAAUGACCAACAGCAACGUCGGUGGCGACGCCUCAGCUGCCGUCCAUCCUGAUCCUGCGCAUCCUAAUUACCUCAGUGAUGGCGAUGUGAGCGCCGCGCACGCAGGCCGACCUGGUACGCGCGUGUCGCGGGGGGUGCACCUGUGGGCUUACACGUUGGUGGACCUGCAGCCCGCGCCUCCUUCUGUUGCCCCCCGUGCUGCCGUCAUCAAAUACGUCAAUUCACAUGAGAGUCAAGAAAGCAAACAGAGGUUCCGUGUUCAAAGUGCCCGGCAGGACCUUCUGAAGGAACUCAGUGUCAGGUCGAAGGAGGACUUCUUCCUUCUCAUGCCAGAGUCCCUGCUGGCGGCGUGGGCGGCUUCAGAGGACCAGCGAUUUGUUUAUUAUCAAGAGGAGACGGUCUCCUCCGAACUCUUGUGUCCGCACGGCAAAAUCAGGCCCCUUGCUGCGUCUAAGAUGAAGUGCAUUCGGAAGGAUGUGGUAAAUAAACUCUUAAACACUCCAUGUGGCAUGAACGUCCAGCUGAAAUAUGGUUCAAACGACCUCGGUUCCUCUUCAAACACUCCACACGAACGAGCGCCACUUCUAGGGCUAGGUAUCCAAUCACAAGAUACCGAGUCUGACGGUCAGCAACAAACUUCUUUCUUGGAAAUUGGCCAAAUGUUGCCUGUUGAAAAUAACGACGUAUCCUCAUCUCUAUCACUCCAGGCAGACGUCUCUGUUCGCAAUGACCAAGGAUUCCGCACUGAUGUGAACAGCGCUUCCAUUGACCACGAAAAUAAAAACUCGCAUGUUAAUUUUAUUCAUCCAUUAAUACAUGUUGAUGACUCGGCACACAGCGUGGUUUCUGGAACUGCUAAAAAUAUUACUGAGGAUAGCCACAAGAAUGCCGAGAUCGCCGGUGCAACGGUAAACAAAUUUAUUUUAUCCCCAGAAAAUUCUGUUGGUGCAUUUUCAUCAUCUCCUAUAAUAUCUUCUACUGGUCCCUCCGUAGUUACCACUGCUCCACAAUCUACUACCAUCGUUCCUGCUGCUACCGUUCAAUCAAGAGAAAUUACUUCUCAGUAUGUUACAACAAAUAAUUGUCCACCUUCAUGCGCACCAAAGACUUCUUUCCUUACUGCGGAAUCUUCUUUUUCAACUGCUCCUUCGCUUCCAGGAGUUUCUCUCCAAACAGCUCCUUUUCUGACAGCAUCUUCGUCUGUUUCGGCAGUUUCUUCUUCUGUAGCAGUUUCUUCGCUUCCUACCACUUCUUCUAUUCCAAACGCAACUCAUCCACUGCCCGCUCCUUCUCUUACGAGCCUUGACCAUGAAAGUUGCGCAAAAAAUGUUGAGUGUGGCAAUAACGCAGAAUUUGGCUUACCGUUCAUGUCGCCGGAUGAGGCAAUGUGCGCGGAUUGCGUGGCGCAGCAUGCCAACUUCAUCCGCUUCCUCGAGACACUGAGGCGCCUGCAUCGCCAGUACAGGAGGGAAGCUGUCAAAUAUAAAACCAGUGGAUGUAAGCUGGUUGGCGCUCUCAGUUUGGACAGCUGGCCGAAAAUAGCAGCCAAAAAGUACGUUGCAGACAACAAAAUUGACGUCUACUUCAACUCUGACCACCGGACUGGAAGCAUCCUUCAAUCCUCCACUGGCGCCACUAAAAAUACAAACACUGAGCAGGCAAAUUGCGCGACGACAAGAUAUGAUCAUGAUCAAAUGGUCAGUAGUGAAGAGAACGAGCGGAGUGUCGGUGAUCUCAGCUCAAAAUCUUUGGUUGACAAAAAGAAACCUCCAGUUCAUGAGAAUGUGUGCACAGAAAAUAGCUUGGAAAAUAGUUCUUCUGUAUCGGAAUCCGUAGUUGCACCUCACAAAAGUGCAGAUGAUCUCAAAAUGGAAAAUAAUUUUGCUUCGGCUCCGGAGCAAGAAUUUGUGAACGGCGACAUCGUGUGUCAGCAUGGCAGCCUCAACCCGCAGUCCUACGUAUCCUGGCUACCAGAGGACUCAUACUCGCGCAUCCUGCAGCUCUGUCAUGGAUACGUGCACGAGGCGGUCCUUCAGGAGUCCUUCGACCUCUGCGUCAAGUGUCAAGACGAGGUGCGUGCCUCGGAGAGCGCAUGUGAGGCUGGGUUGGAGUUGAAGCGCAAGUUGAGUUCGCUCUACGCGGACAAGAAGCGACCGAGACUCGCCGUCGACGUCAGCAAGAACGUCGUGCUGCUCGACAAGCAAUUCGUGGUGCAGUUGCGGACCUAUCUGCGAGAGUGCAUGAAGGGUGAAGCUGGACCUCCUCCUCCCCUCACCACUUCCCGCCUCUUGUGCUCCCACAACCUCGCCUGCUACUCCCCCAAACUCCUCCCUCCAUACAGGCAGUCUCAGCUGUGGGUGCUGGCGUGGCCACACGAGUGGGCCGCACUGCGCGACUUUUACGACUCGUCUGCUGCAGCCGUGACCGGCAUAGUGACCUCGACCGGUAUCCUGGAUACUGUGCCUCCUGCCUGCAAGGAAGGCUGCGUGGAGGAACGAGCUGCUGCAGAAUACGAGUCUCUCUUUGAAUAUCAGGACGAGUACGUGAAGGUCUUAAGAGUGACCUCCGAGGAGGAGAUCUUGAUGUUCCUGCAACCGUCAGCUCAACGUGAUGAAAGUUCUCGGUCGCAAGAUGGCCACCUUCAAACUUUAAAUGACGCUCAAGUCGACAGCUAUGCAUUGAACAAGGCUUCUCCAACUAAAAAAUUCGUUCCGGAGAAAUCAAAAAAUUUUCACCGCACUCAAUUAAUGUCUGAAAAAUUUAACGAUUCAAUGGAAAUGGACGAGCCGGUUCAAAAAAAUAAAAAUAUAAGUGAUAGUGCAGAUGUCGAAGAACCUUCAGAUUCUGAUGAGCGUACGCAUUUGUUAGACGCCAAAUUAAAAUUUUCGCAUUUUCCCAAACCUGAUGAGAAUACAGAGCUUCAAAAAUUCGAAGGGGCUGCUGCCGAACCAGUGCGGAUUUCGGACGUCCCUAUGGAUGUUGAUGAUGAAGUUCAUCAAAGAGUUGAAGAAACUUCUCGUAUUGGCGGGGGCUAUGAACGAUGUGCUGAGGAUUAUGUAUUGGAGCAGAAAAGAAUCACUGCAAUUGACUACGAAAAUUCAGUUGAUAAGUCCCUUAAAGACGGCUAUUCAGCACUAUCGAAUACUAAAUUCUCUCCAACACAAAUCACGGAUUCCAAUUCUUCAACCGAAAAUCGAAAUCUUAAUGAAAACUCCGUUAACAGUAUCCCACAUGCGGAAGUUGAUAAAAGUGAGAUCGUUGAUAUUUCCAAGGCUGUCGUAGCAAAGAAUUAUAUAUGCAAUGAAUCGUCAAAGAGUGACAUGAAUGAUGAAUCACCUACAUGCAGAAGUCCUGUAUCUCUUACUGAAUCAAAGUCAGCUGACUCUAGUUCGCUAAAUAAAUACCUCGAGGGUGAAUCUGCUGGAAAACUCGACAAUACUACGGGCUUGAAAUCACGACUGAAGGACGAGACGCAACAAAAUUCUGUAACUGAAGAAGUCGUCGACGCAGAUGUACAGAUGACGGACUCCUUGGUCAUGAAAGCCACUAGCAACGUGGACGGUACAACAGACACGAGCACCACAUCCUCUCCUGACGACUUGAUUAGUACUGCGACUCGCGGCAGAGGGCGACCGCGAGGCAGCGCUCGGGGUGCUAACUCUCUUCCCACUCGUUCACCUCGUGCAAGUCAGCGCCGCCGAGCCGCGGCCAUGGCGGAGGAGGAGCGUCGCUACGCUGACACUGACAGCCUCAGCCUUCGCGUGUCGUCAUCUGACUCCUUCAGGAACGUCUUACUAAUGGUGCAACAGCAGGCUGGAUGGUCUACACCUCUGCAAUUGUGGCUUGCGUGGUCACAAGAACGUCAGGCCGCUAUCGCUUCAAUACAGAAAAACAAAGAGCUGCAUGCUGACCUCGGUAACGAUAUGCCACUCGUGAGGAAGGACUUGCAGGCGCCUCUGAAGGAAGACGUGCUCACGUCAUCAGCAGAAGAUGGUCAGCGCCGCUUGGAGGGUGAUAAAUGCAUUACCUCAUCAGGAGAGAUGGCUGACAGAAAUUCCCUGCUGUCGAUAGAGCAUAGGGAUGAAAAAUAUCAAAAUUCGAUGGCUAUUACAGCUGAUGAAAACGGCCAAGUUUUGAUGGACGUCACGGUGGAUGAGAAGUGCAAUGGAGAAACGGUGGCUCCAAAAUAUUCUCAUCCGUGUGAUGGAAUUUCAGGAGACGAACUUUGCUCAACACCAGAGGCGGACAAGAAGCCAAUCCUCGCGGUUGGUGACCUCAUCCUGGACUGCUCUCUUGCCCAGCUGCGAGUCAGGCCUGGCGAUGUGCUAUACUACCAAGCGCCAGCUCACACCGAGCUUGAUGCCGACGUCGCCUCAACUACAACGCCCUCUAAAGUCAUCAAGACGAAACGAACUCUCAAGUCAGGUAAAAAGGGCCUGAAGACGUCCAUGACGAAGCUGACGUCAGCAACGAGCAAACGCAUACAAGCAGAUGUCAGCAAGAAGAAAGCCCAGACGGGACGCACGGUCGAGCUGCACGUCACUGAAGGGUCCAGACUGGGCAGUCAGCUAGUCUAUCCGGCCGAUGACACUGGAUAUGUUUACCGCGUCAAGCGCAUCAAGAAAACGACGAUAUACUUUAGCUGCGGCUACACUGGCUGCCGAGCUUGCGGCAACUUCAAGAAGAAAGGCGACUCGAUGAUUGGCGUCUUCGACCUCACUUCCCACCACAACCACAAGCGUAACCCCACUCACCUGCGUCGUCUCAAGUUCGAGUCUGUCUGCAAGAAGCGCAACCUCGAAGAAGACUUGCCUGCCGCUGUCAUCAUCAAAGAAGAGCUUGCAAGGUGGCAACUACGCGAGGAAGACGUCAACUUGAACACAUUGAACUCGACGCUGUACAAAGCGCGGUGGCGGCUUGCUGUCGACGACCCGAGCUCCGUGCCUGACGUGGCCCAGGGGCCAUACGCAACAGGGCGCGGCGACGGAUGUCUUGCACCCAAACAGGAGAAGAUGGACACCAGGAACAUGUUGUCCCUAGCGCCGCUUCUUCCACCAGGUCAUAUCCAGCCUCAGCCUCCUCUCGGCAGCUUCUGAUAACCACUACGUGCAUCUCACUAAUUUCAGAAUAAAAUACUCAAACGAGACUUCAUUAAGAGGUCACGUCGAUGUGCAACAUUACUUAUAAUGAAAAUAUUUAUAUAAGAACUUCGAUGGGGAAUUUUCGAUCGCGUGAUCUGCAUGUUCUAAGAAUCCUGAGAGCAUACGUACCAGAGAUGUCUCUUACUCGAAGUGAAAGAGCUAUUUUUUAGCCCUAAUUGUAUCAAUUGAUUAGCCCAGCUCAUGGGGAUGAGACUCGUCAUAAUAUUCCAGCGUCUGCACCUGUUGUUCAAAUUGAUGGAAUCAUCGGCUUUUUGCCAAUAAUUCCUCGCGUAUUUUUAAGUUUUCCUAACUUCAUCAGAUCGGCUUUCUGUAAAACUAAUCAAUGCUAUCGGGUGCUACAUUUUCAUGUUAUCAGAUCUCCAUCAGAGUCCUUACAGAAAACUUUAUAGGUUUAAAAUUAUAUUAUUUCAAAUUCAACGCAAUAUACUAUAGGUGCUCGAAGUUUGUUACGUAGUAAAUUGUGUUCAAAUUUUAAUUUAUAAUAUGUAAUAAUUUAAUCGCCCACAAUGCUGUUGUUUUUGCCAAUGCUGAAUUCCCCCGAGCUGGUAUAGGUAGCCUAUGUAUAUCAAGAAAAGAGCGUAAUAUCGUGGAAAUUAUGCUCCUAUAAAUUUUGUACUUCCAAUCGAGUACAUAUACGUGAUGUAAGCAAG